AAGGAGGAGGGGAAGGGAAGAAGGAAAAGGAAAGGGAAGUGGGAAGGGGAAGGGAAGAAGAAAGGAAAGGGGAAAAGAGAAAGGAGGAGGGGAAGGAAAGAAGGAAAGGAAAGGAAAAAGAAAAGGAAAACCGGGACGUCUCCCCUCUCUGCUCAGAGAUGCCUCUGCAGUCACCCAGCUAUGACCCCCUGGCCACCGAGGGCCCGGAGGAGAAGGACUGGGAAGGGGACCAGGAGAAAUUGGCCAAGGUGGGCAAGCAAGAGAGGAGAGAUUCAUUUCAAGAUUUUAAAAGGCCAUACCGAUGCAGUGACCUCCUGUCAUUUUUGUUUCGACGAUGCCAAAAUUAUUUCAGGGUCUUUUGAUACCACAGUGAAGCUUUGGGAUACCGCCUGUUCUAUUUGCAUCCACACCUUUAAAGAUCAGCAUACUGGACCCGUUUCGGAAUGUUGCCUGACUCCUGAUAACCGAAGGUUGAUAACAGCAUCGUAUGAUAAAACCCUAAAGGCCUGGGACACUGAAACAGGAAAAAUGCUUUGGUCUCUGAGUCAGGAUGGCCUGGUAACUACAUGCCAUAUUUCACAUGAUGGCAAGUACGUUGUCUCUGGCUCGGAUUUGGAGAAUGCGUUAUUCAUCUGCAAUGUUGAAGAUGGUGAAGAGGUGGCAUUCAUCCGAGAUUAUCACAGAAGUACAAUUCAAAGUUGCCGGUUCGAUCCUGUCAACCAGAGAAUAGCUACGGUGUCCUCUGACAUGUCUAUAAAAUUCUGGGAUAUCAUCGCAAGGGCUACCACAGUCACCAUUGAAGGGGCACACACCAAUGCCAUUGCAGAUUGCUGCUUCUCUUUGGAUGGCCAUUAUCUGUGUACAGCAGGGUGGGAUGAAAAUAUCAAAUUAUGGGAUGUCCGUACGGGAGAAUUCCGGUCUCAUGGGCCUAUGACUUUGGAUCCAGGUCACAUAGGCAUUGUUGGCAGCUGUGAUUUUAGCAAAGACGCCUCGUGCGUGGUGUCUGGAGGUUAUGACAAAACCAUCGGUGUCUGGGACAUAGGAGAAGCAUAUCAAAAGAUAUCCUUAAAGGGUCAUGCUGAUUGGGUGACAGAUGUGGCCAUUAGCCAGGACAAGAAACUUCUUGUUUCCUCUUCAAAGGACCAGACAGUGAGAUUAUGGGAUAUUAAAAAUGCCAACGAAAUCCCCAUGGUGAUUCAAGCCGUGAAAACCAAAGGUUCCAAAAUCUGCAAGUGUGAAGAAUGUCAAAAAUCUUUUCUGAUCUUCCGGAACAAAGAAGACACAAUAGAAACCCGGUGUGUAUUUUGUCGACUAGCAUCUCCCAACGAAGUUGUUUUACCGCUGCCCCCGCUUUGCCUCCAGAUCUCUAAAGGAUUCAGCAGCGAGCCGAUUUUAAAACAUUUGUCAACAUCGCAAUCUUUUUUUUAAUUUAACUUUGAAGUUUUCCUGUAACGUCGUGUGGCAAAUAAAAUGAAAUAAAAAUUUCCACUCCGAA